UACACGUUAUAAAGUGGCGCAACUAUUUUUUUUUCAGAUCGUUGGCACGUGGUAUUGCUAAUGCUGUCUGUUUCUCUCAAACCAGUUGCUGGUUUCUGCAUCAAAACCAGUACAGUGCAGCCUUCGUCGUUCACACCCUUAUCCCUGAAACAAUCUCCCAGUGCCCAGGAUACCUCAAUAUCUAUCCCACAAGGCUACAAAAUCUUCGUGAAUGUUGCUUGGGAUGCAAACGUGCCUCCGCCUCCGGAUGGAAACGAAGAUGCUAUUCAACGCGCUAUGAACGGCGAUGAAUUGGAUAAAGGAAAUCUAGAUGACUGGUUUGUACCUGUCAUUGUCUCGGAAGGAAGGUUCGAUACAGACAAAGCUGGGAAACCGUCGUUGGUGUUCGAUUGCGUCUUCCACAAUUCCAUCAAAUCUCGAACGCUCAGGGACCCCGAGUUUAAGGUGUUCAUUAUCGAGCUAUCGGUUCAGCGGAUUGAGGCACAAACACAACUCGUCCUCUCUCGCCAAAUCGGGACGCCAAAUAUCGCCGCCAAAGGUAAACUACAACCUCGUACGGUUUCGAUACCUUCUCUCUUGGCGCGCGCAGAGGCGAAGGCCGCGGAAACGCGCAACCUUGAAAGCAAAUCUAGGUCGAUGCAAAAACCUCUCAUCCAAGAGAUCAUGACACAGGACGCUUCUGACCCUAUAUCCCAAGCCGGUCUGGAAGUUGUUAAGCCGAAAAGUAUUCUAAGAACUCCCUCUAGUAAUCCGGCACAAACGGCUGCUCAUAGGGACAUUGGGGCCAAGAUCGACGUAACGUGGUCCUGGUACAGAACAGACGAUGAUCGCCUGCAAAUACAGAUCGAAGUUCCUCCUGUGGAGAAGACUGUUAUUUCUCGCUCGAAUCUUGACAUUGAGCCUCGACGCUUGAUAUUCUCUAUCCCCGAUUACUCUGUUCUAGACCUUAAUCUUUCCCUCUCUGAUGCCGAGUUAGUCGCUUACUUUAGGCAAAGUUCGACUGGCAUUACGAAUUCGGCGAAUUCCUCAGAGAGCAAAGAGGAUAGUACAAUCAACAAGCUCUUGUCUCUUAAACGACAACGGCCUUUCAAUGUGGAAGUUGCUACUGCCGAGUGGUUCAUAGCAGAUAAUAGAUUGUUAAUCUCCGUAUAGCUCUUGGUCAAUAUCUUCCUCAAAUGGAAUAGAGUGCACAGGGCAUGUACUUACAUCUUGUAAUUGCGUACAAAAGGUAUGUUGGAUCUGGAUAAUCGUGUUUCUUGUGCAUCAAAUACACUUGCACAAUUUCAGCAAUCACCUCAUGGUUGCACUACUGGCACACGGCCGACAAAUAAAUUAUUUUGUUGUAUGAGUCUCCAGGACAUAGGUCUUU